UCUCAUCCCGCCUUCUCCCCAAAACUUGUUCCUCGUCGCCCACACCAUGUUCAGCAGACUUGCCACUCGCUCCGUCGCGACGUCCUCUCGCACCUUGACCCGGCCCGCGACCCAGUCGUGGAACCGCGGCAUGAAGGUUCUGGCGAUCCUCUACCGUGGCGGUGAUGCUGCAAAGCAGGAGCCGCGUCUGUUGGGUGCAGUCGAGAACGAGCUUGGCUUGCGUCAAUGGCUCGAGUCUCAGGGCCACGAAUACAUUGUCUCCGACAGCAAAGAGGGCCCCCAGAGCGACCUUGCCAAGCACAUCAAGGAUGCGGAGGUUGUCAUUACCACCCCCUUCCACCCGGGUUACCUCACCCGCGAACUCAUUGACACGGCCAAGAACUUGAAAGUCUGUGUCACUGCUGGUGUUGGUUCCGACCACGUCGACCUCAACGCCGCGGUCGAGCGCAAGAUCCAGGUCCUCGAGGUUACGGGCUCGAAUGUCACCUCCGUCGCUGAACAUGUCGUCAUGAGCAUCCUCUUGCUCGUCCGAAACUUCGUCCCGGCGCACGAGAUGAUCGAGCGUGGUGACUGGAUGGUAUCCGAGGUUGCUCGCAACGCCUACGACCUGGAGGGCAAGGUCGUUGGUACCAUUGGUGCUGGUCGUAUUGGCUACCGUGUUCUCGAGCGUCUGAUGCCGUUCGACACGAAGGAGCACCUGUACUACGACUACAACGGUCUUCCUGCUGAGGCGGAAGCGAAAGUGAGGGCCCGUCGUGUUGAGGACCUCAAGGACAUGGUCUCUCAAUGUGACAUCGUCACGGUGAAUGCGCCGCUCCACGAGGGUACUCGUGGCCUUGUCAAUGCGGACCUACUCAAGCACUUCAAAAAGGGUGCUUGGCUGGUCAACACCGCCCGUGGCGCGAUUUGUGACAAGGAUGCCGUCGCGGCAGCCCUCAAGAGCGGCCAGCUCACCGGUUACGCUGGUGACGUCUGGAAUGUACAGCCCGCGCCCCGCGACCACGUCUGGCGCACGAUGAAGAACUCGCUCGGCGGUGGUAACGGCAUGGUCCCGCACUACUCGGGCACGACCCUCGACGCUCAGGCGCGCUACGCGGCCGGAACACGUGAGAUUCUCGAGAACUACUUCACGGGCAAGGCGCAGACGCCUGCGAACAUCAUUGUCGGUGUUGGCAAGUACGAGACGAAGGCGUACGGCCAGCGGUGAACGACUCUGUGUGACGCGUACAGCAUAGGCGCGAUGGACUCUUCGCUAUCGACACUUGCAUUGUAGAAUAAUUAGCACACACCGUGACCAUUCAUGUAAUUUUCAUCGACUUUGAGCAAAUCACAUAUGAUCGUCCUGUCUUGUCCA